AAAAAAAAAAAGAAAAAAAAACACGUCUUUGAGAAUUAUUUAGAGAGAGAGAGAGGCUGCUCGUAGAUCUCAUCGGCUCCGUUCUAUUAUUCCCCCUCUCCGGUAAGACCUUCCGGAACUUGUGUGAAUCGGAGGAGAUCAAAGGAAAACCAAAAUAAUCCCUUUCCCCUGGAAAAUUCAAUUUCUAGGGUUUCGUUUUUUUAUUUUUUUUUGAUUUUUUUUUCUUGAAUUGGUUUGAUUGAUCGAAUCUUUGCUUAAUCGUGAUUUGAUUCUUCUCCCCUAGGGUUUCGUUUGAUUUUGAUUCGCUAUUGUUUAUCUCUUUUUGAAAAUUCCUGCUUUGUAUUACGAUUUUCAAUUGAUCUCAUUGAGAAGAAUAACGAUGGCGGCAGGGGGAGUUGAUGUGUCUAGAAGUUCUCUUUCCGUCGAAAAAGACUUUUACAGGAACAACGGUGAUGGCGAGAGGCGUCUCCAAUCCAACCGCCCUAACGACCAAGAUCUCAAGAGGAACCGAUCAAGGUUGGCUUCUGAGAAAGGGGAUAAAGAAGAGAAGGAGAGACCCGCGGAGAAAAGGAGGAAGUUUUCACCUAUCUUGUGGGAUGUAGAUGAUAAAGUGGCGAAAGCUUCGUCUAAGGAGAAUAAAAGGUCUAAUUUCGCUAGUCUGAUGACUACAAAUGUUGAUGUUACUCUUACUAGGAAGACUUCUUUAAAAGAACAGGUUGAUGUUGUGAUGUCACCAGAAGCUCAGGGGCCUAAGGUUGAUGUAACUCUUACUAGGAAGACUUGUUUAAAAGAAGAGGUUGAUGUUGUGGUGAUGUCAGUAGAAUCUGGUGAUGAGUUGGAGGAGGGGCAGUUGGAGGAAGAAGAGCAGAUAUCACCUGUUAAGAAGUCAUUAAGAUGGGAGACGGGUUUAGUUUCCCACAAAGAGGAGUUACCAUCUUAUGGUGAAGAUGUUGUUCCAAAGACUAGUAGAUGGAACAGGAACAGUUUGAGUCCGGAGUGUGGUGAGUUAGUGGUGUCUGAAGAACGGGAAUGCAAUUCUUCUGGUUCUGGUAGUGGGCAUCGGAGCGUAGAGCAGCAGCGUAGUGCUCAUGAGUAUUCUGAUCAUGAGUAUUCUAGUUCUGGUAAUGAUGAGUUAGAAGAUGAAGAACCGGCUUCUCCAGCUCAGGGAGCGAUGAACAUGCUUCUUGGGAGCAGGUCUGUGAAUGGGUUUCAGAAGCUAAACAAGAUUAACGAAGGCACAUACGGUAUUGUGUAUAGAGCGAGGGAUGAGAAAACAAAGGAGAUUGUGGCGCUCAAGAAGAUCAAGAUGAAGGAAGAUAGGUACGAAGAAGAGUACGGGUUCCCUUUGACAUCUCUGAGGGAAAUCAACAUACUUUUAUCAUGCAACCACCCUUCAAUAGUGAACGUGAAGGAAGUUGUGGUCGGAGGGAAGAACGACAGCGAUGUGUACAUGGUCAUGGAACACUUGGAGCACGACUUGAAGGGCUUAAUGGAGAGAAAGAAACAGCCUUUCAGCACCAGCGAGGUCAAGUGUUUGAUGCUGCAGCUGUUGGAGGGUGUGCACUACCUCCACACGAACUGGAUUAUCCACAGGGAUCUGAAGCCAUCUAAUCUCUUAAUGAACAACAGUGGAGAAUUAAAGAUAUGUGAUUUUGGUAUGGCGAGACAGUAUGGUAGCCCUAUCAAGCCUUACACGCAGAUGGUUAUUACUCAGUGGUACAGACCACCUGAACUUCUUCUUGGAGCGAAACAGUACUCUACUGCUGUUGAUAUGUGGUCGAUUGGGUGUAUUAUGGCGGAACUCUUGUCUCAGAAGCCUUUGUUCCCUGGCAAGACAGAACUUGACCAACUUCAAAAGAUCUUUGCGGUCCUUGGAACACCAAACGAGUCAAUCUGGCCUGGAUUCUCAUCGUUACCCAAUGCUAAAGCCAAGUUUCCUACACAAUCGUACAAUUUGUUGCGUAAGAAGUUUCCAGCUAUAUCAUUUGUAGGUGGUCAGAUACUUUCAGAACGUGGAUUUGAUUUGCUGAACGGUUUACUAGCUUUGGAUCCUGAGAAACGUCUAACAGUGGAGGAAGCUCUCAACCAUAGUUGGUUUCAUGAAGUCCCUCUCCCAAAAUCACAAGAUUUCAUGCCCACUUUUCCUCCAAGACGCUAGAUGAGAAGCACUGUGUAUCAUUUGUGAGGAAGAUUCUCUAGAAUCAUAUACUUGAACACAAGGAAAUGAUAGAUUUUAAGCAGAGUAUCUCAUGUUCCUUCUGUAUUGUAUUUUUAAAGAUCGAUUUUUUAGAUUUUAUUAUUACAUUAAUUAGAAAAUGGAGAAAAAUGUAUAAUGUCUUAUCACUUUUGUGUCUCUGUCAUUGAUCACAUAUGUUUAGAAGGCAAGUCCUUAUUUCCAAAAUCCCACCCAUUCUAAAGAGACAAUCCAGAGAGUUAU